GACGAUCCCUUACGAUCUGCUAUAUAAGUUGAGGCAUCUUCGUUCGAGUCACAAUAACGAUCAGGACGCGAUCGUAGGAGUCUCGAGUGUGCGCAAAGGAAUAGGACUUGUCUUUCGUUCAUAUUUUUUUUUAGAAACUUCGUGGGAUAUUGACGGUUGUGGUGAUGAGAACGUUGACAGUGAUCGUGUUAGCGGUCCUUGGGAUUUGCUAUGCAGCGAGAUUGGAGAACAAUUAUCUACCACCGGGUAGCGCAGGAAGUGCUGGAGGAGCAGGACUGAUUCAGGCACCUAAUAGGGGAGGUGGUGGUGGUGGUGGCGGUGGCGGUGGUGGCAAUGGUGGUGGAGGUGGACGUGGUCCAGGUGGAUCUGGUGGAUUCGGACCAGGUGUUGGUGGUGGUAGUGGUAAUGGUGGUUCGAGAGGUGGAGCAGGAGGUGGUGGCAACGGACAGGAAGUACCUAUUGUGUCAUUCUCGAAUGAGAACACCGGAGACGGCAGCUACAGUUUCAGCUACGAAACCGGAAAUGGCAUUACAGCUCAGGAAACUGGUCAACUUCAAGGUGAAUCCGAAUCCGUGAGUGGAUCCUACAGUUACACCGGUCCCGACGGCGUUCAGUACACGAUAAAGUACACUGCCGACGAGGAAGGCUUUCAUCCAGAGGGUGCCCAUAUUCCAACUCCACCACCAAUCCCACCGGAAAUACAGCGUGGCGUGGAACUGUCUCUAGCUGCGGAGGCUAGAGGUGAGAAUCAGGAUACUUCAGGCGGUGGAGGCGGUAGCGGUUCUGGUACCGGAUCAGGAUAUGGUCAAGGAGGUGGAUCAGGAGGUGGACGCGGAGGUGGCGCCGGAGGUGGUGGUUCUGCUUAUCAGGGACCAAACUCUUAUCAGACAAGUCAAAAUGGUGGUUAUCGAUAUUAAACAGGAACCCAGUGCACCGAGCAUCGUAAUCAUUGACACUUCAUUCAGCCAGACCCCAGGAACCCUGUUAUCCCUAUUUUUAUUAUUUGUAUCUACUUAAACGGCAGACCUAUGUACAUAACAAUAUAUCGUUUAUGCUACCUUUUUUAUUUAUACGGGAAA